GGUGUCUGCAUAGGAGCAUCUCAGCACGGACUCCAGCUCCAUGGCUGCCCGAGUGCUCUUCCUCGGCAUCCUCCUGCUUCUGCCCAUACCUGCCCCUGCCCCCUGCUACACAGCCGCCCGCUCUGAGUGCCAGCGCUCCCUCAAGUUUGUGCCGGGCUCCUGGCUGGCAGGGGAGGGCAUGGAUGUGACCAGCCUCCAGCGCUCAGGCUCAUUCCCAGUGGACACACAGCGUUUCCUGCGGCCCGACGGCACUUGCACCCUCUGCCGCAAUGCCUUGCAGAAGGAUGUCCUCCAACGCCUGCCCCUGGCAAUCACUGACUGGCGUGCCCACGGAGCGGGCUGCAAGCGCAGGGUGGUCAAGUUAGAGGGCCGCUCCACAGAGGAUGUGGCUGGGGAGGCGGCCAACAGGAUCCAAAACAACUGGCAGGUGGGGCUGGACGUGUCUCCCCAGCCAAGUGCUAAUGUGCGCGUGACAGUGGCGGGCUCCCACUCCCAGGAUGCCAACUUCGCCGCCCAGAAGACUCACCAGGACAACUACCGCUUCAGCCUGGAUUUAGUGGAGUGUCGCUUUUAUAGUUUUCACCUGGUGCACACUCCCCCAGUACACCCCGAGUUCAAGAGGGCCCUCAAGACGCUGCCCCCCCACUUCAACACCUCCACCGAGCCCGACUACCACAGGCUCAUCUCCAGCUACGGAACCCACUUCAUCCGGUCCAUGGAGCUGGGCGGCCGCAUCUCGGCCCUCACUGCCCUGCGCACCUGCGAGCUGGCCCUGGAGGGGCUCACGACCAACGAGGUCGAGGACUGCCUGGCUGUCGAGGCUGAGGUCAGCAUAAGCGACCGCGCCAGUGCCUCACCAUCGUUUAAGGCAUGUGAGGAGAAGAAGAAGAACCACAAGAUGGGGACCUCCUUCCACCAGACCUACCGGGAGCGCCAUUCCAAUGUCGAUGGUGGCCACCACUCAACCAUGCAUGACCUGCUCUUCGGGAACCAGGCUGGGCCCGAGCAGUUCUCAGCCUGGGUGGCCUCACUGCAGGACAGUCCUGGCCUGGUGGACUACACGCUGGAGCCUCUGCACAUGCUUGUGGAGAGCCAGGACCCGCGGCGGGAGGCCCUCAGGCGGGCCGUGAGCAAGUACGUGACUGACAGGGCACGCUGGAGGGACUGCAACCGCCCGUGCCCCCCGGGGCAACACAAGAACCCGAAGAACCCAUGCCAAUGCAUGUGUCCUGGCUCAGCAGCCACCACCCAGGACUGCUGUCCCCGGCAGAGGGGCCUGGCCCACCUGGAGGUCAUGAACUUCAAGGCAUCGGGUCUGUGGGGAGACUGGAUCACAGCCACAGACGCCUAUCUGAAGGUCUUCUUCGGCGGCCAGGAGCAAAGGACCGCCACAGUAUGGAACAAUAACAACCCCAGGUGGAUGACACGGCUGGACUUCGGGAAUGUGCUCCUGGCCACCGGGGGCCCCCUGAGGGUGCAGGUCUGGGACGCAGACUCUGGCUGGGACGAUGACCUUCUUGGCACAUGUGACCGCACCCCAAAGUCUGGCUCACAUGAGGUAUCGUGCCCCAUGAACCACGGUCUCCUGAAAUUCUCCUACCAGGUCAAAUGCUUGCCUCACUUGACAGGGGAGAGGUGCCUGGAGUAUGCCCCCCAAGGGCUUCUGGGGGACCCUCCAGGAAACCGGAGUGGGCCAGUGUGGUGA